GACCUUCACGGCAUUACGAAUUGCAAGGAUUAGUAGAGAUCGAUUGACCUUCGAUCCUCAUUACUGAAGACUGAAAUGUUGAACGUGUUGCUUAGAGGCGCGUGAACGUUUCAUGGUCGAAAGCUGACAGUUGUCCCUCUAAGGACUUGGUUAGUAUAUUGGCUUUCCUUCAACGCUGGGAGUGUUAGUGGAUUACAUAUGAAAGAUAAACUGUUCAACGGCUUCAAUCAAAUGAACUUUCAAAUAAACUCAUUCCGAUACUUUAGUAGUCGAUUGUCCCGUCAUCUUAUGAUACAUGCUGAAUAAAUAUCCUGAAAUUUUUUACAUAUACAAAAGCUGGUUGUUUUUCGUUGCCUUAUUAGAAAUAAUAACACUAAACAAUUUAACAAAUCCGUUAUUUUAUAGUCAGUAAAUGAUAUGCAUGUAGUCAAACAUAGAUACAUAAAAAAAUAUAGAGAAGCUAUAGAUGGAUAAAUAAAAAUAACUAUAUGUUACAUUCCAUUUACACUGGUGAAAGUUUGUAAUUAAACACUGAUGUUAAGUGUUUUUAAGAUUUUAUGUUUAAACUAUGUUCUAAGUGUAAAGGGUUGUAAUUCUAUUUUACUCCUAUUGAUUUUAGUACUGUAGAAAUGACGGAUGUAGUAGAAGCUCGAAGAUGUUUUGGGUGUCGUGUUAUAUUCGAGACAGAUGACGAAUUUUGGCAUCAUAUAUUAAAUGUGGAUUGUAGUAGUUCGAUAAGCUCACCGAGUUUGAGUAAAGAUGUGUCUUUACCUUGUUCAAGCCAAGAUGAUAAUAGACUGUUAAAAAGUACGGUGACAGAUGAUUUGUGUUUUUGUGGUCUGUGUGAUAAAUGGUUUGCAUCAAAGCCACAGUUCCUCGAACACUUUUCAUCUGCAGAACAUGAGCAGAAAUCCAAAUUAACUGCCAAAGUUCCUUCUAAUGACGAUGUCGGUACAGUUAACGAGAAUAUUCAGUCACUCUUGUUUUGCGAUAUUUGUCAAAUAAAUUUGUCAUCUGUUCAAGCCAAAGAGGCUCAUCUUGCUGGUAAGAAGCAUAAUAAGAUGUGUGAUCGUCAGUUGAGCUCCGUUAACACACAAAGGGAAUCGCAUGUCACUCUGGAAAAGGGGCCCACACGUAAUCAAGUAGUUUUAGAAAGGUUGGUGGAAGAUUACGGUCAGUCAUCAUCUAUGAGUUCCGACAAUUCUCAUUCGUCUGAUAAAAAUACCAGUAAUGUCGUUCCUCAGUUUCGUACUGAUGAUGGCAACGAUAUUAUACAUUUACUGCGUCGACUCUGUUUGACGCAAAUACUAUCACUUUUAUUGAGUGUAAACGGGGAUUCAUCAGCACACGUAGAAAGCAGUUGUAACAAUGCACAGUCAAAAUAUUCUUUAAAAGAGAAAGAUCUACUUGAAUUGACGAGAACAGUAUGUAAAGAAGAAUUACGCGCUAUACUUCCACAGUCUUUACAACAUGUUAUUUCUUCUCAGACAAAAAACGCAAAUGACUAAAGUUGCUGUAGGUUAUUCUUACUGGUGUCAAUUUCAGUACAAUCGUUUAUCUUAUAAUUUUUAUAAAGAGACAACUACUUACUUUCUAGGAAAUAUAUUUUCUCUACCAGUUUUAGAAGCUACUGUUUUUCUAACAAAUACACAAAUUAUUUUUAUUUGUACUUAAUGUAUUUCAGAUUUAAGUUGAUCGCAUUCUACAUUAAUUUCUUGCUACUAAUUAUUUAUUUCCAUUUUUACCUUUCGUAUUCUUGAUUCAAGUAUUCCGUUUGCGAUCAGUUGACUCUACGGCGUUUUUGUGGAAGUGAUAAUGAGAAGACAUGGUUUAGGGAUAAAGACUACCUGUUGAUAUAUGACAAUUACAUUUUUUGGACAGUUGUUAACGAUAUAAAUAUUUAGUUUGAAAACCCUUAAGUGCUUGGCGAUCAGAUUUUCUCUGUAACUAUAACUAGAGACUCAGAAUAAGUUAAAUGCAUUUCAACUUCGCUUGGCGGGACCGCCUUCAUAUGCUAUGAUAAUAUGCAUAUGGGGUUAUAAAUGCAAAGGAUAAGAAUGGUUAUUUCUCGUCUUCAUCCUAUGGUAUUUAAACAUUGGAAUUAAAAGUAAAGUUUCAUGAAUUUCAAAACACUCAGUGUGAUAGAUGAAGAUUAUCUGUGUAUUCAGAGUCAUAAUUCAAAAGGAGUUAGGACAUGUUAAUGUAUUGUUUGGUAUAAGUUUGUGUAAAUUUUUAUAAAACGUUUGGAAUGAGAAAAUUGGUGUAUCCGAGUCAAUGGAUACCAACAAUUUAAAAAUACAUCAUAAAAUGGUUAAAAGUUGAUUUUAAAUAAAGGCAGAACAAAUAUUGAUGCAGAAUAAUAUGAAUUCAUUU